UUAUGGAAUGUUACCCGCGGACGCCCUCUGCAGCCAGAACAGUCAGGCAUCCCUCUACACUCCGCUCCAGAAACACAGCAGAGCGUACGAACACCAUCAGAUCUCUCGUUAAUCCUGCUCUCUCUCUCUAUAUAUAUUUCGGGAGUUUGACAUGCUGAAUACCGUACUGAAACAAUUGAAAAGCCACCCGGCUUUGAUUCCUCUCUUCAUCUUCAUCGGUGGUGGAGCGGCCAUGUCUAUGCUUUACCUGGGCCGCCUUGCGCUAAAGAACCCUGACUGCUCAUGGGAUCGCAAGAACAACCCAGAGCCUUGGAACAAACUGGGGCCAAAUGACCAGUACAAGCUCUUCGCUGUCAACAUGGACUACUCUAAACUGAAGAAGGACAGGCCUGACUUCUGAGCAGAGCCCAGUGAAUCAGCUUUGUGUGUUAAACACUGCACUUUCAAGUCUAACACGUCAUCAGAUACCAGAUCUUAUCUGUGAAUGUGAACCCCCAUUUUUAAAUUAUUAAAAAAACCAAAAGGGAGCACAUACACAAGCUGUAUGAUCUGAAUGUCUAUCUUUUGACAGAAACAAUAUUUUGUACAGAUACAAAUACUGACACAUCAAGGGAAACUGCAUCAUCAAACCUGUAUCAAUAUAAUUUGUGCUGAUCUUACUGUUAUCCAAAUAAACAUGACA